AUGGUUUCCUUCGCCAUCCCCGAGGAGGAAUCCCACGUGGGCGAUGUCGUCGAUGCCUACGACCUGGUCGAGCGGUACGAGCAUCGCUUCUGGGAGGCGCGCGACUGCUUCUCCCUGUACGACCCGGACGGGAAGGGGCGCAUCUCGGGAGGCGUGGUCGCCGAGGCGCUCGCGAGGUUCGGCGCGAGGCCGGACGGCGCGGGCGACGACGAAUGGGCCGCCGAGGUGGCGACCGCCAUGCGCGAGUGCGGAUGCGACGCGAACGGGACGGUGAAUUUUAACUCGUUCAAGCGUGUGUACAACCACACCAAGGGACUGGCGGAGAAGGACAGCAGAGAGGCGUCCAAGGCGUUCGAGAGCAUCGGACCCGGCGACCUUCCCAACGAGACGUUCACGGAGGGCCCAGCGCUGCGGGAUCCCGCGACGGGCGGGAUCGUCACCGCGAUCGUGCGAGAUUUCGCCCUGGAGAAGACCCUGGGCACGGGCGGUUUCGCCGUCGUGAAGCUCGCGACGCACCGCCGAACGGGACGCAGAUACGCGGUCAAGAUCAUGAACGUCACCGCGAACGUCGGCGGCGACAAGGACGCGGGCGGGAAAGGCGGAUCGGGGUCGGGCGGCGACGCCAUGAGCCUGGAAGAGAUCGCCGAGGAGAUCCGCAUCACCAUCAGCGUGAACAAAGCCAAAAACGCGGUGAAGGUGUACGACUUUUACCAGACGAGCGACCACGUGUACGUGGUCAUGGAACUUCUCGAGGGCGGCGACCUGCUCGACCUGCUGAUGGAGUACGGGGGCAUGGAGGAGGGCAACGCCGCGAGGGUCAUGAAGGAGCUCCUCGAGGGCAUGCGCGACAUCCACGACCGGUCCAUCACGCACCGGGACUUGAAGCUCGAGAACAUAAUCUUCGCCAGAAGGGACGACCUCAAGUCGCUGCGCAUCGCGGACUUUGGCCUGGCGAAGAAGAUGAAGACGGCGCGGUCCAAGAUGGCGGAUCAGUGCGGCACUCCCGCCUACGUCGCUCCCGAGGUGAUCAGCGGUCAGCCCUACACCCCCGCCGUGGACAUGUGGGCCGCGGGUGUCAUCCUGUACGCGAUGCUGUGCACCGAGCUGCCCUUCGACGAGGACGACCAGCUCGCCUCGUUCCGUCGCAUCGGUCGCGGGGACUAUCACGAGCCCGCGGUGCCGAUGACGACGGAGGCCAGGUCGCUUCUCGACGGCUUGCUCUGCGUGGACAAGGUGCAGCGGCUGACGGCGCCGGAGGCGUUGGGUCACCGGUGGAUCAGGCGGCACGCGGGGAAGCUCGCGGGGGGUGUCACGUCCCGCUCGCUCGCGAAGAGCCGCACCGCGCGCGCGGCCGAGAGCAAGCUCGGCGGCGCCCUGGAGACGAGGGUGCUCCGAGCUGGUGAUUUGCUCAUACGAAAAGGCGAGCGCGCCAAGGAGGUGUACCUCAUCAAGGAGGGUCUGUGCGAGGUGGUGAUCGAGGUUGACGGGAAGGAGGUCAUCGUCGCCGAGCGCGGCGCCGGCCAGUUCAUCGGGGAGAUGGGGGUUAAGCUCAGAGAAGAGGGGGCGGAUGGCGCCGACGAGCCCAAAAAGCUCAGCGUGGAUUUCGUCGCCGGACACGGAACUCCGCCGGGGUCGCGGAGCGACUCGGGGAUGCCGAAGGGCGAGAGCGGCGGCCGCGAAUCGCCGGUGGACGCCUUCAUGCUGAUGCGAACGCUGAUCAGGGUGAAGAACAGGUGGGUCGGGGGUAGAAGAGGCGCGAACGUGCGCGCCAAGACGGACCUCACGGUGACUGUCAUGAACGGUCAGCAGAUGCAGUGGAUCCUGGAGCACGACUACGGCGCCGACGGCGAGAUGGCCAAGGCGAUCAAGGACAGGAAGAAGGAGAUGGACAGGGCCCAAAAGGUGACAUGA